UUCUCCACUGUGUUUAUAAACUUUAUAUUCAUGGCGGAACCCUGGUUAUACUGGCUAGGGUUUCAAUUGUUCAAUAAAAAUUUGAAAUUCAGCUAUUUUUGAAGCUUCUCUUUCCUCCAGAUCUUUGAGGGAGUGUCUUGAUACUCUUUUUUUUUUAAUGCCGAAACAUUAGGGACCAGGGUUUUUCCAUUAGUUCUUUAAUUAUCUUCAUGGCGUUGAUCUGGUUCUCUAUGAUAAGGUCCUUGAAUUUCCUCUUGAGCUACCAGAUUAGGGUUUCUGAACUUAUUUAUCGAUCUUCAUGGCCAAUAUUUUCUCCAUUUGGCUAAGAUCUACAAAUAAUUUCAGUAAUCUCUGAGAGUUCUCUUAUAUUCCAUUUUUUUCUACAACUUUUGUUAAAAUGCAGAGCUCUUCAAGCCCGAUGGCUCAACCAGAGGCCAUUGUUGAAUGGCUCAAGGAAAUGGGGUACCAACCCCAAGGCCAGUAUCAUUCCUCCAUCAAACCUCUCCCUUCACCUGAGGCCCUUAAGAAAAUUUGCAGGGGAAAUAUGGUUCCAGUAUGGAACUUCCUAUUACAUAGAGUUAAAUCUGAGAAAACAACUGAGAAAACAAGGAGAAAUAUCAUGGUUCAUGGUAGUACUGGAGUGGAAGGUUUGGAUAAGAGUAAGGGAUCAAAGGAAGACAGUAGAAAGGGGAGGAAGAAGGUAGAGGGAAAGGAAGGGAUUCACAAGGGUCAAGCUUUGGAAGGCAAUGAAGCUCGAGAGAGAGCAAUAAGAGAGCGAGAAGUUGCAGAGAGAGAAGUGGAGACACUUCGCAAUGUGCUUCAGAGACAGAGGAAGGAUUUGAGGGGAAAGAUGCUUGAAGUCUCUAGAGAAGAGGCUGAGCGCAAGAGGAUGCUUGAUGAGAAGGCAAAUCACAGGCAUAAACAGGUGAUGUUGGAGGCUUAUGACCUGCAAUGUGAGGAGGCGGCUAAGAUAUUCGCUGAGUACCAUAAACGUCUGCAGGAAUAUGUCAACCAGGCAAGAGAAGCCCGGAGGCUAAAGGUUGGCAGCAGUUCUGAUGUCCUCGAUGAUUUCCAUGCAGUGAGUGAUAAAGGAUCUAUUUAUGCCACCGUCAAGGGUAAUAAGACUGCAGAUGAUGUUAUUCUUAUCGAAUCAACUCGAGAAAGAAACAUUCGGAAGGCUUGUGAAGGUCUUGCGGCUCAUAUGAUCGAAAAAUUACGAAAUGCUUUUCCUGCCUAUGAUGGAACUGGCAUUCAUCCAAAUCCCCAGAUAGAAGCUGCUAAGCUGGGUUUUGAUUUUGAUGGUGAAAUACCUGAUGAUGUGAAGGCCAUUGCUCUAGAGUCAUUGAGAGGUCCUCCACAGCUGCUUCAUGCAAUUACUACUUAUACUUCAAGAGUGAAGAGCCUCAUAAAAAGAGAGACAGAGAAAAUUGAUGUUCGAGCUGAUGCUGAACUCCUAAGAUACAAGUUUGAGAACAACAGAGUUACAGAUGCUGCAUCUCCUGAUGGGAGUUCACACUUACAGUUUCAGGUCUACGGCAAUGGAAAGCUAGGAAUUGAUGUUUCCACAAAGGGAAAACACAACCAGCUUCUUGAAAGACAGAAAGCACACUUGCAACAAUUUAUAGCGACUGAGGAUGCUUUGAACAAAGCUGCUGAAGCUAGGAAUACUUGUUCAAAGCUGAUCAGACGCUUGGAGGGAAGUGAAGACGGAGCAUCCACACACUCAGUUGGGGGUUCACUGCAGAAUGUGGGCAGUCUCAGACAUUUUGAGUUGGAGGUUUGGGCAGAAGAAAGAAAAGCAGCAGGCUUAAGGGCAAGCUUGAAUACAUUGACAUGUGAGAUGACCCGCUUGAAUAAGCUUUGUACAGAGUGGAAAGAAGCAGAAGCUUCCUUGCGAAAGAAGUGGAAAAAGAUAGAAGAGUUUGAUGCUCGGAGAUCAGAACUAGAAACAAUCUAUACAACUUUGCUCCGUGCAAAUAUGGAUGCAGCUGCAUUCUGGGAUCAGCAGCCUUUAGCUGCUCGGGAGUAUGCAUCAAGCACUAUUAUUCCAGCAUGCAGAGCAGUUCUGGAAAAAUCAGCAGGGUCAAAGGAUCUCAUAGAGAGAGAGGUGUCUGCUUUCUGCCAAAGUCCAGAUAAUAGUCUUUACAUGUUACCCUCAACUCCACAGGGUCUUUUGGAAUCCUUUGGUGCUACUGGAUCUACGGGACCAGAAGCUGUUGCAGCUGCAGAGAAAAAUGCAGUGAUGUUAACUGCGAGAGCUGGUGCACGAGAUCCGUCUGCAAUUCCAUCUAUUUGUCGCGUUUCUGCAGCCCUUCAGUAUCAUGCCGGGCUGGAAAGUUCAGAUGCUGGAUUAGCAUCAGUGCUGGAAUCCCUGGAGUUUUGUUUGAAACUACGAGGCUCUGAAGCUAGUAUUCUAGAGGAUCUGUCUAAAGCAAUCAAUCAAGUUCAUACUCGUCAAGAUCUUGUGGACAGUGGCCGUUCAUUGUUAAGCCAUGCACACCGUGCACAGCAAGAGUAUGAGAGGAUUACCACUUUCUGUUUGAAUUUAGCUACAGAGCAGGACAAGAUAAUCAUGGAGAAAUGGUUGCCUGAACUAAGGAAAUCAGUUCUGGAUGCUCAGAAAUGCUUGGAAGAUUGCAAACGUGUUCGAGGAUUGGUUGAUGAGUGGUGGGAGCAACCGGCUGCAACAGCUGUUGACUGGAUCACAGUGGAUGGGCAGAAUGUUGCUGCAUGGCUUAACCUUGUGAAACAGCUUCAGAUGGUAUUCUAUGACAAGGAGCUUCUGUAAUGAUUAAGAAUGAAUUUUGGUCAUUGGAACUAGGUUUAGGGCAAAAGAAGAAGACUCUGAACCUAAUCUAUGCACAAAGCAAGAAUGAGGAUGAGAGCAGAACUCCAUUGAUCCAUCUUUCUCCAAUCCAGCUGCCAAGGUUUAUGAUUAUGAUUCAAUCAGCUGAGAUUGGAUUGUAUGUUUCUUUUGUUGGGGGAGAGCUGCUUGGGCUUUUAGAAGGCAUCUCAAGAUUUGCAAGGAAAUUGGGAGGGUAUCAGUCCUUGUUCUCUCGGUGUAAAAAGCCCUCUCUUUCAUAUUUUGUAGUAUAUGUGUUGUAAUUCUUUAUUCAGGUUUUUUGGGAUUUUGGUGUUGAGUGGUGUGAACGUUAGAACUGUAAAUUUUAUUUGUGGAUGGGGGUGGCUUGCGGGCUAUAUUUUAAAAUGUGAUUUGAUAUUCAAUGAUGCUGAAAGUUGGUA